GCGCAAUAGGAGGAUGGUUUCUCCCCGUUCCUCGCUGCCUUGCUGCUUUCGGCGCAUGCGCGCGGGGCGGCCCACGGCCCAGGCGGCAGAGGCAAGAUGGCGGCGGUGGUACAGAACGUCGUGAAGCUCCUGGGAGAGCAGUACUACAAGGAUGCGAUGGAGCAGUGCCACAACUACAAUGCUAGGCUGUGUGCAGAGAGGAGUGUCCGACUCCCCUUCCUGGACUCGCAGACAGGGGUGGCGCAGAGUAACUGCUACAUCUGGAUGGAGAAGCGUCAUCGAGGCCCAGGCUUAGCUGCUGGCCAGCUGUACUCAUACCCGGCACGUCGCUGGCGGAAAAAGCGCCGCUCUCACCCUCCCGAGGACCCCAGGCUCUCCUUCCCUUCCAUCAAACCAGACACAGAUCAGACCUUAAAGAAAGAAGGGCUUAUCUCCCAAGAUGGCAGCAGCCUGGAGGCUCUCCUGAGGACUGACCCCCUGGAGAAACGCACCCUGCCGGAUGCUCGCCUUGAUGACGACAGCCUCACUGAGUUCCCUGUUACCAACAGCCGUGCGCGGAAGCGGAUCCUUGAACCGGACGACUUCCUGGAUGAUCUGGAUGACGAGGACUAUGAGGAGGAUACACCAAAGCGACGGGGCAAGGGCAAAGCUAAGGGCAAAGGCGUUGGGGGUGCUCGGAAAAAGCUGGAUGCCGCCAUCUUGGAAGACCGAGAUAAGCCUUAUGCAUGUGACAAUAGUUACAAACAAAAGCAUACCUUGAAACCUCCCGACCGAGUCUGCGGGAAGCGCUACAAGAACCGCCCGGGGCUGAGCUACCACUACGCUCACUCCCACCUGGCCGAGGAGGAGGGCGAGGACAAGGAAGACUCGCAGCCCCCAACUCCUGUCUCGCAGCGAUCUGAAGAGCAGAAAUCCAAGAAAGGCCCUGAUGGCUUGGCCCUGCCCAACAACUACUGUGACUUCUGCCUGGGCGACUCCAAGAUCAACAAGAAGACAGGGCAGCCUGAGGAGCUAGUGUCCUGCUCAGACUGUGGGCGUUCAGGGCACCCUUCCUGCCUGCAGUUCACACCAGUCAUGAUGGCAGCCGUGAAGACAUACCGCUGGCAGUGCAUCGAGUGCAAGUGCUGCAACAUCUGCGGGACCUCGGAGAAUGAUGACCAGCUGCUCUUCUGUGACGAUUGUGAUCGUGGCUAUCACAUGUACUGCCUCACCCCGCCCAUGUCGGAGCCGCCCGAGGGGAGUUGGAGCUGUCACCUGUGUCUGGAUUUGCUGAAGGAGAAAGCCUCGAUCUACCAGAACCAGAAUUCCUCUUGAUCUCGCCUCUCGGGCUGGCGACCUCUAGCUCUUCAAUCCUGGCAGGGCUCUGUGACUCCUUUGGUUUGGUUUAAACCUUUCUUGUGGGUUCUCUUUCUUUUUCCUUUUUUUUUUUUUUAAUCUCUUUUCGGGGUGGGGGGGGGGGGCACGUUUGGGG